UUUAUAGUUGUUUACUGAAAUACGAUUACUACGUAUAUAUUUACAGUUUUAUUACACCAAAAGGCCCCCGAAUUACGAGAAUCAGAGUGUAUAAAGUGUGCAGAAAGGGGUAUUUAAGAGAACUUAAAAUUUAGAUACGAGUCGAAAAGAGUCAAAAUGAGAGGCACGAACACAAGCAGAAUCUCUACAUGUAGUUAACGAGGCAAAAGGAGACCGGAAUCGAAGACGUACAUUUUGUAAUGUUCUCACUGGUUGUUGAGACUUAUAACUUGAUUUCCUCGACGUACAGUUGUAUCUCGGUACUGCUAGAUUGUUCCGAUUUGGCUCCUGACAUGGUGUCAAUGUUGAGUCAUUAUAUUUUUUAUCCAAUGUUAUCGUUGUUCUGUUCAGUAUCGGGGCUGCGGUGAGGAACAUGUUUUAUAGAUUCCUAUUUGUCCUGCAGGUAAAAAGUUUAAAAUGCUUGUGUAAUUUACUUGACAGUAACUCUCAAACGCUUGAGCCCGAUCAUGACGUGGAGGCAAUUGAGCUGCAAAACUGGGGGUCCUCAAGCUACACAGACUCUGGAAGGGCAACACCUACAAAUGAGCCAUUCGACCUAACCCCUCAGGAAUACAGUGUGAUACCCCCUGUACUUCCAAAUGCAUCCGAGAAGAACUGGGAGAUCCCCAGAGAAAGCCUCGUUUUCGUCAAGGUAAUCGGUAAAGGAGCGUUUGGCAAGGUGGCUAAGGGCAUGGCAACGGGGAUUGACAACAGCAAAGAGAGUCGACUUGUAGCCAUCAAAAUGUUGAGAAAGAAUGCUACCGACGAAAACAGACAAGAUCUCCUUUCUGAACUGAACCUGAUGAAGAACCUUGAACCACAUCAAAAUGUCAUUCAAUUACUUGGUUGCGUCACCAAGACAGAUCCUGUCAUGGCGAUAACGGAGUAUGCUCCGUAUGGAGACCUUCUAGGAUAUCUGAGAAAGAGCCGUGGACUCCACGACACCUAUUAUAAAGACCCUGAUUUUAAACCGCAAAGUUCUCUGAGAUCCAAGCAGCUAUUUGGUUUUGCUCUGGGCAUUGCUAAUGGCAUGGAGUUUUUGUCAUCAAAAAAGAUAGUGCAUCGUGACCUUGCUGCGCGAAAUGUAUUGGUAGGAGAUGGCGAGGUCUGUAAGAUCACGGACUUUGGUUUGGCGAGGAAUGUAUUCCAAGAAGAUCUUUACCGGAGAACAGCAACGGGUCGCCUCCCGGUGAAAUGGACAGCGUUUGAAUCCUUGGUAUAUGGAAUCUGCACGACUAUGAGUGACAUUUGGAGCUAUGGAAUCGUAAUGUACGAGAUAUUUACCAUAGGAGGUUCACCAUAUCCGAAGAUCGACGUAAAAGCUUUAGCUUCUUUACUUCAGGAGGGUUAUAGAAUGCCCAGGCCUCCACAUUUAGAUGAAAAAUUGUAUGAAGUUAUGAGCUCCUGUUGGAACGAAAAGCCUGAAGAACGGCCUUCAUUUUCAAAGCUGCGUAAAAUCAUGAAAGCAAUGGGCAACAAAAGAGAGAUAUACAUCAAUCUCAAAGACUAUGACAGUCAGCUUUACCAAAACGUCGACGACAUGGAUGCUUAAGUUGCAGCACAUUGCCCGGAUGUUUACACAACAUAUGACAGACCCAUUACGUGACCCAAAUAGUAAUUUCUAUUGGAACACACCUACAAUACUACAGACAAAUCAAUAAUCUAUAAGAGGUUGCGAUUUCCAUUCAAAGAAUGUAAAACAAUUCUCAAACCAUUUUGUAAUCGUGAUUAUCACCACCGAAUUUCAGCAUUCAAUUUUGUAAGAAAAUGGAUGAUCUAUAGGCAGGAUUGAUCAUCAUUUCAGUCAAACUAUGAUAACCAAAGGCUGAAAGCUUGGUUUAUUGUUCAGCUUUAAGCCAUAGAACCGUUCUCAUAUCUAGUUAAUAGAAAAUUGUUUAAUAAUUUUUAGAGCAAGAGAUUUUGUGCACUGUGCCGUUUUUACAUAGUCCUUUUUUUCACUGUUUAACAACGCCUACAACGGCCACCCUAAAAAAGAAUUGAUUGGCCGUUUUGUAGAGAGGAGGCCAAUCGUGGGAGCUUUCGAUAAUAGGACAAUGAAUAUGGAUUGAAAGACAACUGAAAGGGAAAAUUCUAUUUGUAAUAGGAAACUGGCCGUUCGUGGCUAGAUUCUAAAUCCAGGUGGUUUAGUACUGAUUUCGAUAGAAUUUUGGAUCAGGAAUUACACUGACUACAUUCAUGCAAGAUGAGUUCAGUAACGAGACGACAUUAUAUAAGAAUAGAUAGGGAACCAGGAAUUAAUGAGUAUAUUUAAUAUUGAAAUUACGGAAUAGAAAAUAAUAUUUACUUUCGCACGGUUUCGAUUUCCAUUCAUGGCGUGAUUAUUGAAUUUUAAGGCAUUUACUGAGUUACCCAGUGUCUUUAUGCUCAAAGUAAUCAUGGCGGAUACUUUGAAUAAAUCCAUCUUAAAAACAGUGUAGGCUGUU